UGCAUGCUGCGCUGAUGAUAAAUUCGGUAAAGAUGGCGGCGCCCAGUAGUCAAACACAUGACGACGGAGGAGCAGGUUUAGUGAAAAAUGAAUCAGAUCCUGGAGAUUUACGUUUAUUAAAUGUGAUGGAAGCAUUAGUUGGGGAAAAUAAGAAGCGAUUUAAUUCAGAGAUGAGGCAAUAUGGUCUUCCCCUUCCACCUAAAUCGCCUGAGGAACAAACGAUUGAACGGGUAAUGGAAAGCUGCACAUUCAAGACAGUCAUCAGCGGUGUUCUCGGUUUUGCAUUGGGUGGUGCUAUUGGUCUGUUCACAUCAAGUGUUAAUCCAGUCGACCCUGAGAUAGCAGCCAAGCAAAAGGCCAGAGAUGUUCUCAAGGAUAUGGGGAGGCAGUGCUUCUUCCACGCCAAGAACUUUGCCAUGAUUGGAGCCAUGUUUGCCUGCACUGAAUGCCUGGUAGAAUCGUACAGAGGAAAGCAUGAUGCUAAGAACAGUCCUAUAGCUGGUUGUAUAACAGGAGGUCUCAUUGGUUACAGAGCGGGACUUAAACCGGGCAUUGCUGGAUGUGUAGGAUUUGCCGCAUUCUCUGCAGCAAUUGAUCACUACUUCAACUUCCACUGACACAGGGCAAACAAAGCGAAGCGGGCACCCGAUGUCCGUGAGAACAUUCCUUCAGAAUGGACAAUGUGGUGAUCAGGUCUGAAAUGAUAUUUUAGUGGUUGGCUAAUUCAUUUGACCAUCUCUGUGAUCACUUCCUUUGAGAUUGGAGGUUGUAAUGGUCAGUUGCAGAAUCAUUGCUUGCUUGACUGCGUGGAUUCUUGCUUUAUCAUUGAUGUCCAAAUGGCUACCUUUUUUGGAAUGGAUGAUUUGCCGGUCAGCUGAGUAUGGUCUCCAUGUUGAUCAUGGUGCUCUUUCUUAAUCCUAAGACAUUAUGGAUUUGUGAGGGAUGACCCUCUAGUAACACCAGUCAUCAUGUGGUGUAUUAUUAUAG